CUUCUGCUAACCACCAUGACAUUGUCAUUUCUUACUCGUAUAGCCCGGCAGCGCGCUCUCAAAAUUCCUUCUCUAAUAGCUGCAGCCAGGAGGUUUAGUAGCGCUAGCAGUCUUGUCGAGACUGAGCAAGAUGGACAAAUCUUCCAUGUAUCGAUUGCACGACCCGAAAAGCGAAACGCGGUUGAUGCGGAGACCGCAAAAGAGCUCGCCGAGGCGUUCCGACAAUUCGAGAUCGACGAUGAAAGUUCAGUGGCUGUGUUGUAUGGGAAGGGAGAUACGUUUUGUGCAGGAUACGACUUAAAAUAUCUAUCUUCCAGGGGUCCUGAUGAGUUCCUAAGAUCGUUUUCCCCCCCUGGAGAAGGAGAUAGUCCCAUGGGCCCAACUCGAUUGAAACUUACGAAACCAGUCAUUGGUGCCAUCGAGGGACAUGCAGUUGCAGGAGGAAUGGAGUUGGCACUUAUGUGUGAUCUCAGAGUUGUUGCAGAAGAUGCAGUCAUGGGAAUGUUUAACAGGAGAUUUGGUGUCCCUUCUGUGGAUGGAGGUACAGUACGGCUACCUUACAUCGUUGGUCUUUCACGUGCAUUAGACCUGAUCAUGACAGGACGUGCUGUGCACGCAGAGGAAGCUUUUAGCAUUGGUCUUGCCAACAGAGUUGUUCCUAAAGGGAAAACAGUUGAAGAAGCCCUCAAACUUGCAAGAAUGUUGGUUCGGUUUCCAAGAGAAGCACUUUAUGCAGAUCGCAAAUCUGUGUUCUAUGCCACAUUUAAUGCAGAUUCGUUUUAUGAUGCCCUCACAUAUGAAUACUCCAAGGGGGUGAAGCUACAAAUCAUGAAAGAUUCCAUUGAGGGAGCAAAGCAGUUUUUAAUGGGGAAAGGCCGUAAGGGUUCAUUUGACGACUACUUGGAAUAAAAUCAAUUGUUCACUUUAA